UCAAUCAGUCCCACGCGACCGGCAGCGCGGGCGCACGUUCCAAUCCGCGUUCCAAUUUCAAAAUGUUAACGGUUAAACUUUUAUUUCUUUUCGCGUGUGUGGCCUCGGCUUUAAGCCAGGGGUCGAAACCCGUGGUGAGGGUCACCCAGGGAGUACUCCAGGGGUCGUGGAAGGUGUCGACCAAAGGACGGCCAUAUGCCAGCUUUGAAGGAGUACCGUAUGCCAGGCCGCCGGUUGGCAAGCAUAGAUUCCGGGAGCCUCAACACAUGAAGCCCUGGCUUGGGACGUGGGACGCGUCAAAGCCGCUUUCUGAUUGUAUGCAGUAUGAUCCUUUUGUGAAGAAAGUUGUAGGAUCUGAGAACUGCCUGUACGUCAACGUGCACACGCCAAAUCUAAACGCCGGCGCCAACCUGCCGGUCCUGGUGUUCAUUCACGGGGGCGCCUUCAUGUACGGCGCUGGCGCCCUGUAUGAUGCUAGCAAUAUCAUGGACUGGGACAUGGUGGUCGUCACGUUGAACUACCGGUUGGGGCCGCUAGGUUUCCUGAGUACUGGCGACGAGCAGGCUCCCGGCAACGCAGGCCUGAAGGACCAGUCGUUCGCGCUGCAGUGGGUAAAGAACAACAUCAUGAUGUUCGGUGGUAACCCGGAUAGUGUCACACUCACUGGUUGCUCUGCAGGAGGUGCCAGUGUACACUACCAUUACCUUUCUCCGAUGUCCAAAGGUACCUUUGCUCGAGGUAUAGCCUACAGCGGCGCCGCCUUCGCGUCCUGGACUCACUCGGUGAAACCUCUGCAGAAGGCCAAGAGUCUGUCCGCCAUCGUGGGCUGCCCUACAAACACCAACCGCGAGAUGGUUGACUGCCUCAAGUACAGGCCUGCCGAGGUUGUGGUCGCAGCUCAGACUGAAAUGUUUGAGUUCCCGUACCAGCAGAUGUUCACGCCGUUCUCGCCAACCGUGGAACCUUCUGGCACCAGGGAUCCGUUCCUUACUCAGUACCCGUUCCACGCGGCGCAAGCUGGAACUAUGCAUAAAGUGCCUCUCAUUACGUCAGUCACGUCGGAAGAGGGCUUGUAUCCUGCUGCUACUUACCAAAUUUCACCCGACACUCUGGCCCACCUGGAAACCAACUGGAACCAACUGGCCAGCAACAUAUUCGAGUACAACGAUACGUUGCCGAUCGCCCAGCGGCCCGCGGUGGCGGCCAAGAUUAAGCAGCGGUACCUUGGAGGCAAGCCGGUUAGCCAGGAGACAUACGCCCAGUUAGUACAGGCUUUAGGCGACCGACUAUUCUCCGUAGAUGUGGGGAAGUUGGCUCAGAUCCACGCAGCCAAGUCCGGCCAGCCCACUUACCUGUACCGCUACUCUUUCCGCGGCGAGAAGAGCCUGUCCAACAUGAUGGCGCAGAACAACAAGAAUUACGGAGUGAGCCACGCAGAUGACGUGUUCCACAUCUUCAAGUUCCCGAUGUUGUCCUCUGACAGCCCUGACGACAAGAAGAUGACGGAAGAACUGAUCGACAUGAUCUAUAGCUACUCCACCACUGGCAUCCCUAAGGUAUCCAACACCGGGCCAGCCUGGACACCCGUGACCCCGGGGUCCCAAGAACUGAACUAUCUGGAGAUAGCCUCGCCCACCAACAUCCUGAUGAAGACCAGCUCCGACUUUGGACAGCGGUCCUUCUGGGACAGUCUGGGGUUCAUCGAGAACGAGAGAUAUCACGUUAAUAUUAGGGAUGAACUUUAAUUUUUAUGUUUUAUCAAUUUUUACAUUGUGUAGG